AACAUGGCUCAGACGCCGCUUGAACCCAUUGCCAUUGUUGGCUCCGCCUGCCGCUUUCCCGGCGGCGCCUCCUCGCCAAGCAAGCUCUGGAAGCUGCUCAGGGAACCCAAGGACGUGCUCGGGGACUUCCAGUCGACUUCCCUCAGACCUAACCUGUCGGCGUUUCAUAGCGAGAAUGGUGAACAGGCUGGUAGGACCGAUGUUGUAAGCAAAGCAUACAUUCUUCAGGAGGACGCCAACGUAUUCGACGCCGCCUUCUUCAACAUCAGCCCUCUAGAGGCGGCCGGGAUGGACCCGCAGCAAAGAAUCCUCCUAGAAACCGUCUAUGAGUCCUUCGAGGCAGCCGGCCACCCAUUACACCGCGUAAAUGGCUCCCCAACCGCUGUUUUUGUCGGUUCCAUGACGGCCGACUACUACGACAUGCAGGUCCGGGACACCGAGACGAUGCCGCGGUACAACGCCACCGGCACGACCAAAAGCAUCCUAGCGAACCGAAUCUCAUACUUCUUCGACCUCAAGGGGCCAUCUAUCACAGUCGACACGGCGUGCUCAUCUUCACUUGUCUGUCUUCACCUGGCCGUGCAGAGCCUGCGGAACGGAGAGUGCGAGGCGGCCGUUGUGGCGGGAUGCAACCUCAUCCUCGAUCCCGUCAUGUUCCUGGCCGAAAGCAGCCUGCACAUGCUGUCCCAGGACUCUCGCUCCCGCAUGUGGGAUAGCGCGGCAAACGGUUACGCCCGCGGCGAGGGUGUCGCGUCGCUCGUCAUCAAGCCGCUGUCAAAGGCUCUCCGUGACGGUGAUCACAUCGAGUGCCUCAUCAAAAACACGGUUGUCAACUCAGACGGCCGUACCAAGGGUAUCACCAUGCCGAGCCCGACGGCCCAGACAGCCAUGAUCCGCAAGGCAUAUCUUGACUCGGGGCUCGACCCUGUCGCCGAUCGGCCGCAGUUCUUUGAAUGUCACGGCACCGGCACGCUCGCUGGUGAUCCCGUCGAGGCCCAGGCGGUGCAUGAUGCCUUCUUCCCCCUUCCCGGUGAAAUCAGAGGAAGUAAGGACGGCGGUGGUAAACUUUUCGUCGGCUCCAUCAAGACCAUCAUUGGCCAUCUCGAGGGUUGUGCCGGUAUCGCGGGCAUUCUAAAGGCCUCGCUGUCGAUCCAGAACCGGACCAUCUCACCUAAUAUGCACUUCAACGACCUGAAUCCGGCCAUAGCUCCCUUCUACGGCCACCUUGAAAUACCCACGACGGCUGUUCCCUGGCCUGCGACAGUCGGAGGUGGUCCGCUACGAGCAAGCGUCAAUAGCUUUGGCUUUGGAGGCACAAAUGCCCAUGCGAUUCUGGAGAGCUACGAGCCCGAGCCUGAGCCUAAGCCUGAGCCGACGAGUCUCUCCAUGGCUUUAGACGACAGUUGUUUCGUCGGACCUUUUCCUCUCUCAGCCCAGACAGAAAAGUCUCUCGCCUCGGCCAUCAAGGAACUCUUGCAAAGCAUCAAAGACAACCCUACGUUGAACCUAUCCGAGCUGAGCUGGCUCCUGCAGACUCGGCGGACCGUGUUUCCAGUCAAGACAUUCUUUUCCGGCACAAGCCGAGAGGGCCUCGUCGAGUCAAUGCAGCGCCACCUUGACGAGGUCGCCGACGGACGCAAGCCCGCCGGUCUCAACCCACGUCUGGUCUCGCAGCCUCCCGAGAUCCCCGGCAGCCUCGGCAUCUUCACCGGCCAGGGCGCCCAGUGGCCCUCGAUGGGUGCCGCUCUUGUGCAGUCCUGCCGCGUCUUCCGGGAGGCCAUCGAGAACUGCGAACGAGCACUCGCCUCCGUCCCCGACCCCCCGUCUUGGUCCCUCAAGGCUGAGCUUAUCGCUGCCGCCGGCGAGUCCCGUCUCUCCGAGGCAGCUCUCUCCCAGCCCCUGUGUACCGCCGUCCAGAUCGGUCUCGUCGACCUCUUGUAUGCCUCUGGCGUCAGGCUGGACGCCGUCGUGGGACACUCAUCGGGCGAGAUUGCCGCCACGUACGCCGCUGGCAUCAUCUCGGCCUCCGACGCAAUCCGCAUCGCAUACUACCGCGGCCUGUAUGCUCGGCUCGCUCACGGCACUGAUGGGCAAAAAGGGGCUAUGAUAGCUGUUGCCAUUCCGUACGAUGCCGCCAUCGAGUUCUGCGCCGAAGAGCCUCGUGCCGGCCGCAUCGCCGCCGCGGCCAGCAACUCGCCCUCUAGCGUCACCAUGUCGGGAGACGCGGACGCCAUCGAGGAAGCUAGGCAGCAUUUCGAGAAACACAAGAUUUUUGCUCGGCCACUGCGCGUCGAUACCGCGUACCACUCGCACCACAUGGUUCCCUGUGCCGCCCCUUACCUGGAGGCCCUGAAGAGAUGCGACAUCACCGUCAGACCUCCCCGUGAGGGCUGCAUCUGGAUCUCGAGCGUCCGCGGAGACAUCGACCUCCUCGACGGCGACCUGCAGUCGCUCCGGGGAGAGUACUGGGUGCAGAACAUGGUCCAACCCGUGCUGUUCUCGCAAGCCCUGCAGACCUCGCUCUGGUGUGGCGGACCCUUCGACGCGGUGCUGGAGGUCGGAUGCCACCCGGCGCUCCAGGGACCCGCCAGCCAGACCUUCCACACGUCCCUCGGAACUGUGCUGCCGUACACCGGCUUGAUGAACCGCAACCAAGACGACCGAGAGGCCUUCUCGGAAGGCAUCGGUUUCGUCUGGCAGACCCUUGGUCCAGCACACGUCGACUUUGAGCGGUACAGAGCGGCGUUCCAGGAGGCGGGGACCUCAACCCGGGCUCCGGCGCCGAUCAAGGGUCUUCCGUCGUACCCUUGGGACCACGAGAAACCCCACUGGCGCGAGUCUCGCAUCUCUCGGCGGUACAGGUUGGGCCCUGCAAAGCCCUACAGGUUGUUGGGCCGUCGGAUGCCCGACGACUCGGACGUCGAGAUGCGCUGGCGGAACGUGUUUCGCCUCGGCGAGCACCCCUGGCUUAAGGGCCACCAGUUCCAAGGCCAGGCCGUCUUCCCGGCUGCUGGGUACCUGUCUAUGGCCUUGGAGGCCACCAUGGCCUUUGUUGCCGGCAAGAGUGUCCGCCUGAUCGAGAUCCGCAACUUGGCGCUGGACCGCGCGCUCGUCGUCGAGGAUAACCAGUCCGGCGUCGAGGUGGUGUUUUCCAUGUCCAAGACCCCCGGGCCCCGCCAGGCGCCGGAGAAGGAGGUGGAUGUGAUCCAUACCGACAUCAGCUGCCAGAUCUGCACCGACGAGGUUGCCGGGGACCUGGUGCGCACCUGCUGGGGUGAGGUUCUGAUUCACCUCGGCCCGUCAUCUGGCGAUGAGUUGCCGCCUAUGGCGGAGCAGAGUCGUCGAAAGAAGCUGCGGCCGGUUGAUAUUGACGCUUAUUACGACUCGGUCACGGCUCUUGGUCUGAACUACCAAGACCACUUCCGCGGCCUACACAGUGCAGAGAGGACCCUGGGCCACUCAAGGGUUCGUGCGCUCUGGCCGAAGGAAGUCGAUCUCGACUUUGGGAACGCGCCGCAUCCGGGAUUCCUGGAUACCGGUUUCCAGUCGCUGUUCAUUGCCUAUGGGUCGCCAACGAGUAAUCAGCUCUGGGCGCCAUACCUCCCCGUGGGGAUCAAGCGUGUCUGCUUUGAUCCCAAUGUGGACUAUCGGUGUUCGGAGGGAGCAAAGACGGAUCUGGAGGCCUUUGUCACCCAAGGCACGGCUAAGACUCUUCAGGGGGAUAUCCAUUUCUUCACCCCUCUCGAGCUCGGGGGUCGUUGCGGGAUCCAGGUGGAAGGGAUCGUCUUGAACUCGUUCGCCGAGACGAGACCGUCCAACGACCGGCUCCUAUUCACCAAGACGGUCUGGAAAUCCGACAUAUUGGGCGGGUCCACGGACGAGGAACUGCUACGUCUAUCGCAAGACGCCGGUGGUGGCGACGCGCCGCUGAUCGAAGCCAUGGAGCGGAUGGCACUUCACUACUUCCAACGUGUCCUCGCUGAGAUCAAGCCCGCAGAGGUGAGUGACAUGAAGUGGCACCACCGACAGCUGCACAAGGUCAUGGAGAUGCACAUCGCCAACACCCGCGACGGGACACAUCCCAGCACCAGGCCGGAAUGGCUUACGGAUACCAAAGAAGACAUUGCCUCACUGGUCCGAGGCUUUCCGUCUGAUCAGAUAGAUAUCUGUCUGGGCCGAGCCGUCGGGGAGAACCUGGUCGACGUGAUGCGCGGCAAGACCGAGAUGCUGCAGGUCAUGAUCGAAGACGACAUGCUCAACCGGCUGUACAUGGAGGGCUGCGGCUUCCCCUUUUUGAACGAGUACAUCUCGGCCGUAGUCUCGCGCAUCGCCCACAAGCAUCCGCGGAUGAGCAUCCUCGAGAUCGGAGCCGGGACGGGCGGCACCACGCGGAAGCUGCUCGACGUUAUCGGGCAGACCUAUUCGUCGUACACCUACACUGACAUCUCGGCGGGCUUCUUUGAAACGGCGGCCGACAAGUUCUCGGACCACCGUGACAAAAUCACCUUCAAGAUCUUGGAUGUGGAGAAGAGCCCGGCCGAACAGGGGUACACGGAGCAGGCCUACGAUCUGAUGGUGGCCUCCAACGUGCUGCACGCAACCAGGAGUCUCAAGAAGACACUCGAGCAUGCACGGUCUAUGCUCAAGCCGGGCGGCUACCUGGUGCUGGGCGAGGUCACCGGCCAGCAGCUGCUCCGCAUCCUGCUCUUCAUGGGCGGUCUGCCGGGCUGGUGGCUCGGGGUGGACGAGGGCCGUGACACCGGGCCGGGGGCUACUCUGGUGCAGUGGGACCAGCUAUUCCACGACACCGGCUUCUCCGGCGUUGAUAUCAGUGCCCUUGACAACGGCGAUGCCACCAUCCAUUCCUUCUCCGUCAUUGUGACGCAGGCUCUCGACGACGACUUCCGACUGCUUCGGGAUCCGCUUACAUGGGACGAUGCGGUAGAGAGUGCACUCGGUGCAGUCAGUGCAGGGAAGCUGCUGAUACUAGGCGGCAAGACACUCGUAACCUCGAAGCUGAUUGCGCAGACACAGCGGCUCUUGCCCUUUCCUCGCAAGAGUGUGGUUAUUCUGGACAGCAUCGACCGCAUUGAGGGUCGCCAUGUCCCACCGGGAACGUCUGUCAUAUGCCUUGCCGAGCUGGACAGGCCCAUCUUCGCCGACGAUGUGUCCCCCAGCCGGAUGCACGCUUUGCAAACCGUCUUUGGCACUGCCGCCAACAUUCUCUGGGUCACCCAAGGCGGCCGAUUCGGCGGCGAACCCCUGUCGAGCAUGACCGUCGGCCUCGGACGGGCUCUGUCGGAAGAGCUCCCUCACUUGAACCUCCAGUUCCUGGAUGUCGAGGAUCAGCGCCAGCUGAAGGCUGGAGUGCUGGCAGAGACCUUCCUGAGACUCUUGCUGUCGACGAACUCUGAGAUGGCCUCGAAGCGGGAGAGAAUGCUGUGGACGGUCGAGCCAGAGCUCUACUUUGACGGGGAGACGAUUCAGGUUCCUCGCGUUGUUCUGGAUGCACCGGCGAACGACAGGAUCAACGCUUCGCGGCGCAGGAUCACACACAGCCUGAAUACCGACACGUCUUCCGUGGAGAUACAGGUCCGCGAUACAUCUCUGCGGCUAUAUGAGAAGCAGAAGCAGGCGCGGGUGCAUGAUGAUGAUAUCGGUGCGGGACUCCGAGUCAGCAUCAGGGUCCAGUACUCAGCAGCGCUGCACCAAGAUGCGUCGCACAAAGAGGUUCUUUGCUUCGGUGUCUUGUCCGGCACCGAUCAAAAAGUCAUGGCAAUUUCGGACAGUCACGUCUCGUCCCUGCACCAUGUCCCGUCGGACAACAUCUUUUACUUGCCACCGCCCACCGACGCUGACCAUCUGAACCCUUCGGACGACGCUCUUGUGGUAGCAGUUGCGAGACAAGUCAUUGCCCAUGCAGUCCUGGCAGGCCUUAAAGAGGAAGGCAUUUCUUCUUCUCCUUCCGUCGUCGUUUACGGUGCCGACCCAGGGCUAGCACAGGUUCUCACUCGUCAGUCGAGAUCAAAGCUGGGCGCCUCCUCCUACAACCUUAGUUUCGCAUCUUCCUCGAGUCGGAACGACGUACCGGACAGCUGGAUUCGUCUUCGCCCAAGCAUGACCGAGGACUCGAUCAAGCGUACUCUUCCGGCCAUUUCCGGGCGGCUUAUCGAUCUCUCGGGCGAUGCAAAUAACAUGCUUUCGCGACUGCCUAGCACUUGGAAGGUACACAGAUACGCUGUGUAUCGAGGGGUCAGCCCGAGAGAGCAGCUACGAAAAGCCUUUGAAGGUCUCGCAGCACAUCAUACCGACCCUAACGUAUCAGUUCAGGACCACUUCGUUACGUCCGUUGAACAGCUCUCGGCGCCUUCGUCGGCAUCUCUCACUACCUACCCCGGCGUGGUGGACUGGACCCAGGCCCACGAGUUGCCUGUGGAGAUGAAGCCGUUGGAUGUGACGCAGCUCGUACACCCAAACAAAACAUACUUCAUGGUCGGCAUGACCAGCGAGCUUGGCCUAUCCAUCUGCCGGUACCUGGUCGUCAACGGAGCCCGUUACAUGGUGCUCGCGAGCCGAAACCCCAGCAUCAGCGAGGACUGGCUCCAGGAGAUGGCGCAGUAUGGUGCUACAAUUCGUGUCAUCCGCCUGGACGUCUCAGACCUCCCAGCCCUGCGUGCUGUUGUUGACGAGGUUCGCCAGACGAUGCCCCCUAUCGGCGGAGUUUGCAAUGCCGCAUUGCUGCUCUCCGACAAGCUCUUUGUGGAUAUGAGCGCCGAAGAGAUGAAGGUUCCGUUCGGGGCAAAGGUCACGGGCACCAAGAACUUGGACAAGGUUUUCUCGGAUGCGGGCGGAAAGGAUAAACUUGACUUCUUCGUCCUGUUCUCCUCUCUCGGCAGCAUCUCAGGGAAUGCGGGCCAGUCCAACUACCACGCGGCAAAUAUGUUCAUGACCGGCCUCGCGGGGCAGCGCAGAACGAGGGGACUCCCCGCUAGCGUGAUCCACGUCGGCCUGGUCGUGGACGUCGGAUACGUUGCUCGAGCUGGUCGGCAGACCGAGGACUACCUGCGCAAGAGGUUCUAUCUGCCACUGUCGGAGCCCGACGUCCACAACAUGUUUGCCGAAGCCAUGCUCGCGAGCAACCCUGCUUCGGAGCGGGCCGAGAUCAUUUGCGGCAUGGAGCCCUCGGGAAACGGGGCCGGCGCGAAGAGGACAGCCCCCUGGAUUGCUAACCCUCGCUUCUCCCACAUGGUACUCCAGGAGAGCAAGGCCGAGACGCAAGACAAUAAGGGAUCCCAGGACGUGAACGUCCGGAAGCUGAUGGAAGCUAGCGAGUCGUUUGAGGAAAUCCAGGAGCUGCUCAAGGCCACGUUUAUGGCCAGGCUCGAGAGCAUCCUGCAGUUGGCCCCUGGCACAGCAAAGGGGGACAUGGCCCUCGUCGACCUGGGCUGCGAUUCUCUGCUGGCGGUCAAGAUCAGGGCCUGGUUUCUCGAGGAGAUUGCGGUCGAAGUUCCCGUACUCAAGCUCCUGGGCGGCGACACUAUUGCUCAGCUGUGCACCAUGGUCGCGUCCAACUUCAUCGCCGCCCGCUCGGCCGAUACGAAUAAGCCGGACGCUUCUUCCGAGACCAAGGCGGCCACCGACACUUCGCAGGAGAAGUCCACUGAUUCGGCAACAAGUUCAAGCUCCACAGCAUGGACACCCACGUCCCCGGGCAAUGGAGUUUCUUCAACUUCAUCCGGCGCCGGUGACUCGAAAGUGAUGACAACCGUUGGUCAUUCAUCUCGUUUCGGCGGAGACCAGGAAGUACCAAGCCCAGCUGAUUUCACCAAGUGUGAAAAGAUGUCGCGGGCUCAAGCAAGACUCUGGUUCUUGCGGACGUACCUUAAGGAUCCCACCACGUUUAACAUUGUCCACUCCUUCAACGUGCAGGGCCGUCUGCGUCCGCUCAGACUCAGAGACGCCUUCCAGCAGGUAUUGGCCCGCCAUGAGUCUCUCCGAACCUGUUUCUUCUUCGACCCGGACACCGGUGAGCCGCGGCAGGGUGUUCUGGCACAAGCCAGGGGUUCGAUGGAAAUAGUUUCAAAUUCUGAUGACGCCACUGCCGCCGAGCGCGCAUUUGAAGACUACAGGACUCGGCAGUGGGAUCUCGAGAAUGGCGAGGCGAUUGGGGCGACUCUGGUCUCGCACUCCCCAGAUAGCCACACGCUCGUCUUCGGUUAUCAUCACAUUCUCAUGGAUGGCACCGGCUACUACCUGUUCCUUCGAGACCUUGACCUCGCAUACAGAAUGGCACCUCUCAGUCCCGUCGGACUUCAGCCGUCCGAGUUCGCCUGCAAGGAAGCCGAGGGCAUCUCCGCCGGCAGGCUCGAGGAGCAGGUCAACUUCUGGAAAAAGGAGCAUUCUGAGCUCCCAGCCCUACUUCCCUUGCUCCCCUUCGCCCGCGUCAAGUCACGGAAGGCAUUUGAUGACUGGAACGGAAACACUUCCAGCCAUGAGACCUCGCCGGAACUGGUGGCCAACAUCAAAAGAGCAUGCCAGUCUCUGCGCAUCACCCCAUUCCACUUUUAUCUCGCCGCCGCCCACGCGCUGCUCUGCAGACUUCUCGAGAUCGACGACGUCUGCAUCGGCGUUGCCGACGCCAACAGAGCCGACGAGGGCCUGGCCAACACGGUCGGGUUCUUCCUGAACCUUCUCCCCCUGCGCCUCCGCCUCAACCAAGCUGGCGGACAGCCUGAGAUCUUUGCGGAUCUGGCCAAGGCAGUCUCCGCCAAGGUCCUCGCUGCCAACGAAAACGCGAGCGUUCCAUUCGAUGUCGUCCUGGACGCCGUGGGCGCCCCGAGGUCGCCGACCCACAGCCCUCUUUUCCAGGUUGCCGUCAACUACAGGAGUGUCGGUCUCGUCGAGUUGCCCGUCGGCGACUGCAGACUGUCGUCCAAGACGCACCACGACGCUCGCAACCCAUAUGACUUGGCGUUCAACAUGGCGCAGACCGGGUCAGGGACCUGCUUGAUCGAGUUGACUGCCCGAGAGAGCCUGUACGACUCCCAGGCCUGUGGUCUGGUUCUGGAUAUGUACAUCGGCCUGCUGGAACAGGUCUCUGCCAACCCGACCCUCCCCGUCAGCGAGAUCAACCUCUUUCCCUCCGGCAGCGGUAAUAGUCAGCAGUCUAUAGACAUCGGUCGUGGCCCCAUUGUCGACUUUGGCUGGCCGUCUACCUUGGUCGAGAAGUUCGACGACACUGCUGCCGACGAUCCCAGUGCGGUUGCAGUAGUAGACUCCAAAGAGCGGGUGAUGUAUGCCGAACUCAGUCUCCGAAGCAAUCAGAUAGCGGCGGCAUUGCUAGAUCUCGGUCCCGCGCCAGGAACAGCCAUCGCCGUGCUGUCGGAGCCUUCAGCCAACACGAUCGCCUCUAUGCUGGCCAUACUCCGCAUCGGCUGUGUUUACACGCCCCUGGAUCUGAGUCUCCCGGCGUCCAGACAUGCAGCCAUGCUCCAGGACGCGAAGGCGCCCCUCAUAAUAUGUCAUAACGAAACAGCAGACCUUGCUCGCCAGCUGCAAGGCCGCACCGCGGAGCAAUACACCCUGCUCAACACCAGCAGCACGCACCCGCCGCCACCACCACAAGGCGGGAGCCACAUCACCACCACCAUCGCCAACGCAUCCACCGCGGAGUCGCCCGCCUUCCUGCUCUACUCGAGCGGCUCGACCGGCACACCAAAAGGGAUCGUGCUGCACCAGGCCGGCAUCCUCAACUACCUCGCCUCCAAGAGCCGGCGGCUGGCGCUGCGGAAGGAGGUGGCCCUCCAGCAGAGCUCGGCGGGGUUCGACAUGUCGGUCGCGCAGAUCUUCAACGGGCUGGCGACGGGGGGGACCGUGGUCAUGGUCCCGCAGGCGUCGAGGGGCGAUCCGGUGGCGAUCGCCAGGCUGAUAAGGGAGGAGGGGGUGUCGUUUACGAUUGCCACGCCGUCGGAGUGUUUGUUGUGGUUGAGGUAUGGGAAUGAGUAUUUGAGGGACUCUGCCGCCUGGGUGCAUGCGUGUCUGGGCGGGGAGGUGGUGUCGGAGCAGUUGAAGAGGGAGUUUCGGCUGCUUGGGCGGGGGGGACUGGUCGUGACCGACUGUUAUGGCCCGACUGAACUAUCUUGCGCAACAACGUUUGAGACGAUUGCGUUGGGUUCUUCUCCCAACGAGGCGCCCCCUGACGACUUCUUUUCCGUCGGCAAGCCCAUCCCCAACACGUCCAUCUUCAUCGUCGAUCCCCAUGGAGAGCCAGUCCCCAUAGGCUUUCCCGGUGAGAUUUGGGUCGGGGGAGUGGGUGUCGCACUUGGCUACCACAACUCCGAAGAACUGAACACGGCAAAGUUCCUGCAAAACUCAUUCCUCGGACACGAACAGCACUAUGGCCCAACCAGGGUGUACAAGACCGGUGACCAAGGCCGCCUGCUCCAGGACGGAUCCCUCAUCUUCAUGGGUCGUCUCGACGGGGACAGCACCAUCAAGCUCCGCGGUCUCCGCAUCGACUUGGAUGACGUGGCUAGCACGCUCGUCCGGGCUUCUAGAGGGUUGGUAGCUGACGCCUGUGUCACUGUGCAAGGAGAUCCGGGAUUCCUUGUUGCCUACAUCGUGACUGCGCACGAUUCCACCGAGACGACUUCGGUGCAACUCGAGGGCGUCCUCAGAAACAUGGAUAUGCCCAGAUAUAUGGUCCCCACUCGCAUAGCCGUCCUGGACCGUCUACCCACGAGUUCAAACGGGAAAGUCGACCGCAAGGCUCUAGCAUCCUCGCCAAUACGUGCAAGCCUCUUGGACCUUGACUCCGGGUCCGGCACGUCUUCUCGACCAACACAACCUCUCUCUCUUCUCGAGGGCCAACUGAGGCUUAUAUGGGAGGAGGUUCUGGGACAUAAUCUGACCUCGUCCUUGACUCCCGAAUCCGACUUCUUCAUGGCGGGUGGAAACUCUCACCUACUGGUCAGACUCAGGUCGGCUAUCGAAGAAGCCCAGGGGGUCUCCGUCCCGCUUAGGGAUCUGUACGGCGCCAGCACUCUCGGCACCAUGGCGGAGACAUUGGCGUCGAACCUGGGCUCACAUACGAGCCGAACGGAGAUCGACUGGGACAGCGAGAUACAGUCUCUACUCCAACUGAUCGACAAGCCCGCCGUCACCCCCGUAGAACAACGCAUACCCAAAACUCAGGACAGACACAUCCUCCUCACCGGCUCCACCAGCUUCCUCGGCCUCGCCAUCCUCGACCACCUCCUCCAAGACCCAACCGUCUCCCAAAUCCACUGCAUCGCCGUCGCCCCCGACGCCCGCCACCUCCUCCCCUCAUCCUCCAAAAUCACCAUCUACACAGGCUCCCUCACCAGCCCCCACCUCGGCCUAACCCAGCCCGAAACCGCCCACCUCCAAAACCAAACCGACCUCAUCAUCCACGCCGGCUCCACCGGCCACUGCCUCAACACCUACUUUUCCCUCCUCACCCCCAACGUGCACGCCACCGUCCGCCUCGCCAACCUCGCCCUGCCGCGCCGCAUCCCCUUCCACUUCAUCUCCUCCAACCGCGUCGCCCUCCUCCUCUCCAGCAGCAGCAGCAGCACCACCACCACCACCACCACUACCACCACCAGCAGCACCACCAUCACUGCUGCAGCAGCAGCAGCAGCAGAAGCAGCACCACCCCCCAUCUCCGCCGCAUCCCACCCCCCGGUAGCAAUGCGCGACGGCUCCGAGGGCUUCACCACGACCAAGUGGGCGAGCGAGGUGGUGCUGGAGCGGGGCGUGGCGUGCCAGGCCGGGCAGGAAGUGUGCAUCCAUAGACCAUGCGCGCUGGUGGGCGCGCAGGCGCCGGCGUAUGACGCGCUGAAUUCGUUGUUAAGGUUUUCGAGGUUGAUGGGCGCGGUGCCGAGGUUGGGGGACGGUGUGGAGGGGUUUUUGGAUUUUAAGGGGGUGGGGGAGGUGGCGGGGGAUGUGGUGCGGGAGGCCCUUUCUUUUUCUUCUUCGAGGGGUGAUGGGGGGGUUGGCCCGGUUGGGGUUGGAGUUGGAGGGGGGGUGAGGUUUAGGCACCAUUCGAGUGGGAGGAGGGUGCCGGUGGGGAGGUUUAGGGAGCAUAUGGAGGAGUUGUACGGGAUGGGGUUUGAGGAGGUGGAGAUGGGGGUCUGGAUUGAGCGGGCGAGGGGGUUGGGGAUUGAGGAGUUGAUUGUGAGUUAUUUGGAGGCGUUGGUGUCCAAGGGGGAGACGAUGGUGUUUCCGUAUAUGGGUGCGAGUGCUGAUGAGUGA